AUGGAGAAGCUCGAAGUUGUCAAUGGCUCCGAGCUCAAGAGGAGUAGAAUCGUCCGCAAUGAGGAGGAGGGGGGGGGGGGGAGGGGGGGAGGGACGACACCACCUGGAGAGGUGGUGCGGUCAAGGAGGGGAGACGGCACCACCUGGAGGGGUGGUGCGGUCACGUUGCGUGCGGCUGCGCCGGGUUACCCGCGGCUGCGCUGUGUCGCUUGCGGCUGCACCGUCCGCCCGCGGCUGCGCCUUGUCGCCCGCGGCUGCGCUGUCCGCCCACGGCUGCGCCUUCUCGCCUGCGGCUGCGCUGUUCGCUUGCGGCUGCGCUUUUCGCUUGCGGCUGCGCUUUGUCGCCCGCGGCUGCGCCGUCCGCCCGCGACUGUGUCGUCUGCCCUUGUCGGGGUGGUUGAGGUCACGGCGAGCGCCCGUGGUGGUCGCGUCCACCCUCGUCGGCGGAAAUCGCCGCGGUGGUCGCGUCCGCCCUUGUCGGCGGAGAUCGCCGCGGUGGUCGCGUCCGCCCUCGUCAGCGGAAAUCGCCACGGUGAUCGCCUCCGCCCUCGUCGGCGGAAUCCGCCGCGGUGGUCGCGUCCGCCCUCGUCGGCGGAAUCCGCCGCGGUGGUCGCAUCCGCCCUCGUCGGCGGAAUCCGCCGCGGUGGUCGAUCGGAGAAAGGCGUAAGCCGUAGUGGCUCUGAAUACCAUGCGGCCACGGGGGAGGAGGUGACAGCAGAGGCGUUGGGGGGAGGGGCGGUGCACAGCAGAGUGUCGGGGGUGACAGACCACCUGGCCCGCGACGAGCUGCACGCCCUGGCCAUCGCCAGGCGCAUUCUCGCCUCGCUGCCCUCCUCCCACCCCGCCUUAUCCGCCGCCUCACCAGCGCCCCUCUCCCCCCCUGCGUGGGAGGAGCCGCUCUUCCCUGCGGAGCAGCUCAGGGGGCUGGCGCCCAUAGUGGGGGGGGAGGGGCGCAAGGGGGAGGGCGAGGGGGGGGAGGAGGAGGGGGCGGCGGAGGCGAGGGGGGUGGACAUGCGGGAGGUGAUCGCGCGGAUGGUGGAUGGCAGCCAGCUGGACGAGUUCAAGCGCCUCUAUGGCUCCUCACUGGUGUGUGGGUUUGCGCGCGUGCAGGGGAGGGAGGUGGGAGUGGUGGCGAACAACGGCGUGCUGGUGGUGGACGCCGCGCUCAAGGGCGCCCACUUCGUGCAGCUCUGUGACCACCGCCGGGUGCCGCUGCUCUUCCUGCACAACAUCUCGGGGUUCAUGGUGGGGCGGGCAGCAGAGAGUGCGGGCAUAGCCAAGGCAGGGGCCAAGAUGGUCAUGGCCGUCGCAUGUGCACAGGUGCCCAAGAUAUCGCUGGUGGUGGGCGGCAGCUUUGGGGCGGGCAACUACGGCAUGUGUGGCCGCUCCUACUCGCCCAACUUCCUCUUCCUCUGGCCCUCCGCGCGCAUCUCAGUCAUGGGCGGCCAACAGGCAGCAGGGGUGUUGGCGCAAGUGGAGAAGGACAAGAGAGCACGUGAUGGCACUCCGUGGGGCGAGGAGGAGGAGAGGGCGUUCAAGCAGGGCAUAGCACAGCGGUACGACAGCGAGGGGUCAGCGUUCUUCUCCACGGCGCGGUUGUGGGACGAUGGCAUCAUCGACCCCGCCCACUCCCGCACUGUGCUCUCCCUCGCCCUUGCUGCCACCUCCGCCGGCAUGCCCACUGCUCACGCCCCUGUGGAGAAUGGUCCCAGAUAUGGAGUGUUCCGCAUGUGA